AUGCGGCCGGCAGUGUCUGGGAGGGGCGCGGGCGGCGUCGGCGUCACCCGGCCCGGGCGCCCCUGCAGCUGCGGCGGCGACUCGGCCCCAGCUCCCGGCGCAGCGCAUCGGGGCAGCAGCCGGGGGGCCGCGGCGGCGGGGAGGAGCCCGCGGGGCGGGGCGCGCAGCUGCUCCGGGGCCCGGGUUCCCCCUGGCAUCCUCCCCCCCGAGCCCCGCAGCACAGGUGCGGCCGCGCCCGGCCCCGCGCGCGCCCCCUGUCGGCCCCGCGCCCUGCGGACCGCGGCUCCCACGGCCGCUCCCGCCGCGGCCCGCGCGCAUCCGGCGGCCGCGUCCCGAAGCCGGGGCCGCUCGAGCGCCCUCUGCGCCCCCGGCGCGCACGCUCCUCCCGCCGCCGCGCCGACUUCCGUCCAUUUGUUCACCCCCAGAUGUUUGUGGGGCGCCAGCCACUCGUAG